ACCUAUUUUUCUUCCUCCAUUUGUCUAGUUCGAGUUUAUUAUUUUUAAUAAUCGUGUACACUAGUAUAGUUUCUCGUGUUUGUAAUUAAACACUGCUAUAUGCUAUGCCGACUAAGUUGUCGACUCACUAGUAUAUCAUAUGCCUACUAAGUUGAUGAUUAGUAGUAUAAAAAGAAUAGAAAAGACGAAGUACUGACACUCAGAAUUUUCUUGUACAGACGAGCCCUUCCUAGCAGAAAGAGAAUUGUGGGAGAAUGAAUAACAGAAAAAAUGGGUCUCCGUUUCUUCCUACAACACCAGUAUUGAAGGGAGAAGAAUGGGGAGUCAAAGAGUGAGUGAAAAUGAGAAGAAGAUUAGUAGAAACCAGAGAAAAAGAGAUAUUAGAACAAGAAGCAGAUGAAGAGGAAGAGGAAAUUUGCAGAAUUUGUCAUAGCUCUGGUGAUUCUAAAAACCCACUCAAGUAUCCUUGUGCUUGUUCUUGGAGUAUCAAAUUUGUUCACUCAAAAUGUCUCCUCCGCUGGAUGAAGCAACGCAUCACUCUUAAAUGCGAGGUGUGCAACCAUAAAUAUUCUGUACAUCGUGUUUAUGCUGAAAAUACUCCAACAAUAUUACCUCCCAGAGAGUUUCUGUGUGGGAUUGCGAUGAAAGCAUGUCAUGUUGCGCCCUACUGUGUGAGGAUUUGUUUUUCAGUUUUAAACCAACUCCUUAUGCUACCAUAUAUUGCAUUUUGGAUAUGGCGGUCGAGUGUAGCGAAUAGCCUUUCUGAAGCAAAAGAAUUAUUAGUUCAUAGUCUUAUGUUUCCUUCAACAUUUAUGAUCAUGGACUGGUUGUAUGUCCUUCUAAUUGGCAAUAUCAUCUCGUUGUUGGUGAUGUGGCUGUGUAGCUUUGUGGAGAUUUAUGCUCCUUUUUUAGUAGCUCCGCAGCCAGGUAACAGGAAUCGUAAUGCUGAUGAAGUCCGUGAAGAUGCUGAGGUGGAACGGCAAGCUAUUGCUGGUGGUUUAAGAAAUUGCGAUCUUGUCGAACUGUGGUUAACAGUCUUUGUAGCUCUUCUUCGGUAUUUCCGUGGACUGAUUAUUAGUGUCUUCAGGCUUGCUGUCCAUGAUCCUGUAUGGAGGACUGUUAUUUAUCUGUUCACGUGUAUCUUAUUUUUUCUGAUUAGCAAUAAUGUGCUGAUGUCGCUGCGGUUAGGACGAAUGAUUUUCCGAAAUCUUUUCUAUGCAUCUUCGUCAAUUUCCACGCCAUUAAUAGAGUCAACACUCUAUAUAGAAAAUAACUCACUGAAGAAUGCAUCACAUGCCAUCACAAAUUUAUCUGCUGAGGUUCAGAAUGAUGGCCUGCUUUUUUGUGCUGCAGAAGUGCUUGCUGAAACCUUGAUUGCAAACAGUACUAGACCAGGAGAGGACUUAAGCAGUGUUGGCAAACCACUUUUAGUGUACCCAAGCUCAGGCCUAUAUGACGUUAUUACUGGAUAUAUGGUCGUUGUGCCUUGGAUGCUCCUCGUUGUCCUUCAUAUCCCUAUUAGAACUGUUACAUCAAAGAUACGUGGCCGUCUGAGGAAAUUCCUGACUACGAUGAUAUAUCCAUUCUUUCUGAUGAUUCAUCUAGGGGCUCUCCCUUUGGUGUAUGGUUGCUGGCUAGAUGUUUGUACCAUUACGAUGCUUGGGAGAUACACAUUUCUACUAGCCAUGUUCGAAGGGUUCUGUGUAACGAAGAUUUGCUUACCUUAUGCAAUUGAACUGCGGGAAACAGUUGAAGCUCUUCUCCAUCAAUGGAUUACUGCAGUUUGCUGUACUCUUGGCUUAAGUGUUUUCUUGUUUUCUAGACCUGAGGACAUUGGUGGGCAGGAGAAUGUGAAAGUCGAGAGGCAGCAGGACAGACUGCAAGAUCGACUCAUUGCUGCCAAAGAUCCAAACAGAAAUAUUUUCACCUUCAAUGGGUAA